AUGGAGCAGGGAGACUGGUGGCGGUGGCUGCUGCUGCUGGUGGGCAUCCAGCUGGCCGGUGGCCAGUGCCCGGAGCAGUGCCAGUGUGUCCGCACUGCCCAGGUGGAGUGCUCCGGCGCUGGCAUCACCGCGGUCCCCAGCCCCAUCCCCGCGAAUGCCAUGACCCUCCAGAUCAUCAACACGCAUAUUGCUGAGCUGGGCGACGCGUCCUUCGGCAACGCCUCCCUGCUGAUCGGGCUGCGCAUCGAGAAGAACAACCUGUCGCGCAUCAGCCCCGGGGCCUUCCAGCACCUGCCCGACCUGCGCUACCUCAGCCUGGCCAGCAACAAGCUGCAGGAGCUCCCUGUGCAGGUCUUCGAGCCCCUGGACAAGCUGGAGUCGCUGCUUCUCUCCAGCAACCAGAUCCUCCAGGUCGAGCCUUCCCACUUUGCCCACCUGAGCAACCUCAAGGAGCUGCAGCUGCACGGGAACAACCUGCAGGAGCUGAAGGAGGGGGUGUUCGACCAGCUCACCAGCCUCACCAAGCUCAACCUGGCCAGGAACAACAUCGACCGCCUGCCGCCCCGGGCCUUUGAGCGGCUGGCACGGCUGCAGGUGCUGCGGCUCUAUGAGAACCGGCUCCGGCAGAUCCCGGCAGGCACCUUCGACGGGCUGCCAGAGCUGCAGGAGCUGGGGCUGCACCAGAACCAGCUGGAGACGCUGUCCCCAGAGCUCUUCAUGCACAACGGGAACCUGCAGAAGCUCUACCUGUCCAACAACCUCCUCGCCACCCUGCCGAGUGGCGUCUUCUUGCCUCUGCGCGCCCUUGCCAAGAUCACCCUGCACGUCAACCGUCUGCGGGACAUCUCCCCCGGUGCCUUUGGGCCCAUGCCCGACCUCCGGGAGCUGUGGCUCUAUGAGAACGAGCUUUCCACCCUCCCCACCGCUGUCUUCAGCAACCUCACCCAGCUGCAGCUCCUGGUCCUCAGCAAGAACCGGCUGCGCUCGGUGGCGCCAGGCACUUUCCGGGGCUUGGGGGAGCUGCUGGAGCUGUCGCUGCACUCCAACGCCCUGCGCCGCCUGGAUGCCCAGGCACUGGAGGGGCUGCCCAAGCUGCAAAACAUCUCCCUGCACCACAACCAGCUGGAGGACAACCCCCACAAGGGGGGCGAGACCCCCCCCCUCUGUGCCCAGCCCCCCACCCUGCGGGGCACCCCCAUUGCCGGGCUGCCGCGGGACCAGCUCCUCGCCCCCCGGCACCCCACUGCCUCCCCCCAUCCCAGUACCCCACUUCCCACUCACCCCUCUGAGGCAGCAUUGCCAGAGGGUCCCCCCAUGGGGCUGCCGGUCUCCCCCCAGGAGGAGGAGGAGAAGGAAGAAGAGGAGGAGGAGAGGGGGCAGUGGGGGCUGACGCGCAUGCAGAGUGGGGUGGUGGUGGCAGUCAUCGUGCUGGUGUGUGUGGCCCUGCUCGCCGCUCUCGUGGCACUGGUGGUCUAUGGCUGUAGGAAGAAGAGCCAUGUCGUGCUCAUGAGGAUGAAGGCACCUAACGAAGCCUGAGCGCCUGGCAGACCCUGGGGGGAGCGGUGCUGGCGGGGCGUCCCCUCCCCACGGGGC